CCUUGCGGCCUUCAACAACCACAUCCUCAUCGGUCUCAGUAUCAUUGGAGCAGGCAAAAGUACCUUGCUCGGGUAGGCCUUCCCCAAGGCCACCAAUUCUUACCUUAACCUUCACCUCGUCUCACACGUGGAUGCACUGAGCAAGCUGAAAUCUCGCAUUCGAUUUACGUUUCUUCUUCAUACCUUGUCUUACCCUAUAUUGGUUUAAUGGCUCGGAUAUCUUCACUUUAUAAAGCCACCGGCAUUUUACCGUUCCCUUUCCUUACAUCUUAUCGUCAAUAGUGCAUCUAGUAACUCUCUUCCGUAACGAACGAGCUGCAACGAUUGCCCCUCUGGAGACUGCUUCCAUACCGACUGCCAAAAGGCCGCGAGCUUAUCUGUAGAGCUACGUAGAGCUCGCAAUACCACUCAGUGUCUGUGAAACGAGCGCGAUGGACGUGUGUAGCGAGAACAGCGCGACUCCCGCGGAUGGACCGUCAAGAGUGAAGCUUCAACUUCCAGCUAGCUGUGAUCCACCACAACUUGACGGCGAGAGAAAGCAGCUGGUCUGGGUUGUAUUUGGUGGAACCGGCCACAUGGGUAGAUCUCUUGUCAAGUCCGCCUUGUCCAAAGGAGAUCUCGUCACUUCCGUGGGCCGUGUGUUCGAGACGACGCCGGAGGAAAUGGUAGCACAGCAGGACAAUGAAAAUUGUUUGGGGAUGCUGUGUGACGUUCGAGCGAGAGACUCAGUAGCGCGGGUCAUUGAACGGACCUUGGAGCGGUUUCAGCGAUUUGACGUCGUAGCCAACUGUUCUGGCUAUGGCGUAAUUGGAGCAUGUGAGGACCAGGACGAGCACGAGAUCCGCAAUCAGUUCGAGACGAACUUCAUGGGCACUUUGAACAUUAUCCAAGCCAGCCUACCUUACUUUCGCCAACAAAACGGCGGCCGCUACCUGAUUUUCAGCUCGACGUCAGGAGCUCUGGGUGUUCCAGGCCUCGGCCCCUAUUGUGCCACCAAAUAUGCCGUCGAGGGACUCAUAGAAGCUAUGCUUUACGAGACAGACUCAUUCAACGUCAAGGCAACACUCGUAGAGCCAGGGUUCGUGAGAAGGGACGAGCCAGAUACCCUUGCGACGCCCUUACCAACCUGGGGUCAUUUCCUCAUCAAGCCUGCGAGCGAUGCCUACGCACAGGCAACAUCACCAGCAUUGCAUGCAAAAAGAAUGGUUCAGUGGCUCGGUGACCGGCAGCCGACAAGCGCCGUCAAGUGCGCGGAGCUCGUCUGGCAAUUAGCUCAUUGCUCGUACCCCCCGCUGCGGCUCCUUCUGGGGAGCUAUGCAAUAGAGAGUAUUCGUGAUAGGCUGCGGUCCGUCACCGAAGAAUUGGAGGAUUGGAAACAUCUGAAUUUCCCCUCUCCGCCUGAUGAAGGGGAGGGAAAGGAGGCGCGAGCAGAUCACGAUGAAAGCAUGGCCGACUCUGGGCAGGAUGCGCCUGGCCAGGUGACUGCGUAG